AUGCAGAUGGAUGACGUUUGGUUAUCGAAUCAGAACAACAGCAAUAAACUGAUGAUGUUGGGUGCAUGCUUACCGAACGAUCAUCACGGUAAUCCGUGGAUGUACGGCGCACCAAAUCCGCUCGCCACAUCCAUGCCUAUGACCCUGCCAACAAUGCUG